CAUUUAUUCAAGUUAGUAAUUGUACUCAAGUAUUUUGAUGUUAUGCUACUAAAACUUCUAUUACACUAUGAUUCAGAGAAAUAUUACACUACGUUUAUAGUUUUAUACUUUUCUAAUUAAAGUUUUACAUGAGGAGAAAACAGCUCAAACUAUUUUCUCUGACAUGAAGCCAGUGGUUAGUAUUUGUGGCGUUUACACGUUUAGUUGCGUGUUGUCGUCAUGUUCCAGAUGCUUUUUGAAUAUUUACAGAAAUACUUUUCCUUCUUCAAUCAUUCCACGACCUCUCAUCCGUGUGGUGGCUCUUGUGAGUGUAUUUAUACUUUACUGCAGUGAAAGUGCAAUAGUUGGAACGUUCAGGGUCCGAGAGGAGCUCGGGGUCACAGAGGGCAUCUACGUUGUUCGGACGCUGGUGUCUGUGUGUGGGUGGACGGGGGAAGAGGAGGAGGGAGAGGAGGAGAAGGAGGAGGUGGUGACAGAGGUGUAGAAGUUCAUAACUCACACACAUGGUCGACCAAUCAGCUGAGGCUGCGGGGGCAGAAAGCCGGUAGGUUUCAGUUGGACACUUAUAACACAGGACACAAGACAAACCGACAGGAAGACACAAGGACACACAUCUUCCUCCUCCUCUUCCUCCUCUUCCUCCUCUACCAGGAUCACUGGACCUCACCUGAGACAGGAGGGAGCCCCCUGAUUGUCCCUGAGAGUUCUCAGAGCGAUGGCGAUUCCACGGGUGUUUAACUCCAACACGCCGUUCAUCAUCGUGGCCGGAGGAUCUGAGCUCUCGUUUCUGGGCAAAGAGGACGACGGCCAUGUUGGUGAGGAGGAGAAGGAGUCGCUGGUCCAGGCCAUCGCGCCGCACCUGAGCCGGGUGAUGCAGCGCGGCACCGCCAAGCACGUGGUCCCAGCGGGACAGGAAGUGUCUGCAGAGAAUCCAUGUGUCUCCAUAGUCGCUCAGGCUGAGAGAGAAGACUUCCAGGAGUUCAGUCCCACCACGACUCAGCGUCCCUACUCAAGAUCUCAGCAGCUCAAAAAGCUCAGGUCUGUGGUCAAAGAAUCGUCCUUCCUCACUGACACCGAGGAUGAGGACUUGGACGAGGCCUCCAAACUCCCGCUCCAGCACCUGCAGAGGAAACAGCGCAGGAAAACCGGAACGAGACAGAGUCAGGAGGACGGAGAACAGCGUCCUGUGAUCCGUGGUCUGUGGGUGCAGGAGAUCGAUUGGCUGAAGUCAGUGGACGGAGAGGCGACCUCGUCGACUGAGGUCUUCCCGCCUCCUCCUGAGUUUACUGACUCGUGCUCCUGCAGCGGCGGAGGCCGGCUCUCUUGUGUAUAUGAUGAAAUCUGCAGCUGCACAGAUGUCUGUGACUGUGUCAGAGGAUCAGAGGAUGUGUCACCAUCAGACGAUCAAUAUGGAUCAAUAGAAACAGACGACACAUCAAGCUCUGGUGACAGAGGAGCGUCGGACUCUGAUUGUUCGGUGCAGGACUUGGAUUCUAUUCGUACUCAUGAAAGUGACUCGGACUCAUCCUGCUGUGCGGACGACGACACACCAGCACCCGAGAGCUUUGGAGUCGAAGCCAAAGUUUCAAAUUCGACCUUUGACCUGCUGAACGUGUCUGGUUUUAACUCCUGUCCUGCUCAGUGGGAUUCUGACUCUACAGAGUGUGCGCAAAGCCUGCUGGGACUUUCAGACUCUGUGAACACAUCCCGCCGGUCCUUCGACUUACAUGACUUCAGUGAUCUCGACGCCGUUGUGAAUGAAAUGAGAGGGAGAGUGACGCAGAUGCCGAAGCAGUUUGUUCCACCUUUCUUCAAAGAUUUCUUACCACAGACGUUAAACGACUGGAAACAAAACGUACCCGUCAACGAAGGACUCAUAUUUCAUCAGCGACUGCAGCCCAGUGGUCAGUGUGAGUACCGGGAGGGAGAGGACUACUUUGUCCUGCACCACAUCCAGAACGGCUCGUACGGUGACGUGUUCUGUGUUCGGGACCAGCGGACGGGAUUCGAAUGUGCUGCCAAGAGGAUUCCACUGAGUCACUUCAGCCGCGAGGAGGUGAGCACGUGGAGCGCUCUGAACUCUCCUCGAGUCGUGGAGCUCUUCGGAGCGGUGAGGGAGGGGCUGAACGUCGUGCUCUUCAUGGACCUGAAGCCAGCUUGUUUGGCUCAGCUCCUGAAAGAGAUGACCUCCCUGCCCGAGGACCUGGCCCUGUACUACCUCCACCAGUCACUGGGGGCGCUGGAACACCUGCACCACAGGAAGGUCCUUCACUUGGACGUCAAGGUUGACAAUGUGCUGCUGUCUGCAGACUGCAGAGACACAUUCCUCUGUGACUUCGGUCUCUCAGAGACGUUGGACGACAGCGGCCAGAGCACCAAAGCUUUCAGGGUGUCUGUUCAUGAAGGAGCGGCUGCGUUCCCGGGCACAGAGACCCACAUGGCCCCGGAGGUGGCUCGAGGAGAUGGACUCUGUGCGAAGGCCGACGUGUGGAGCAGCUGCUGCAUGUUGCUGCACAUGCUCAACGGAUGUCACCCGUGGAUACGUUACUACUCCCACCCACUGUGUCUGCAGAUUGUCAACGAGCCUCCUCCUCUGUGGGAGGUCCCGUCCACCUGCAACAACUUCACGGCCAAAGUUUUCCGAGCCGGACUCAAGAAGGACCCGGACAGACGAGCGUCCGCCAAAGAGCUGAGGAGGAAAACCACCAAAGCUUUGAGAGCAGGUCACAGCAGCACAACGUCCUCUGUGGUAGAAAUCGGAGGUCUGAGUCCCUGCUCUGUCCAAGCUGCCUGCGAGGUUCUGCACUGUGGCAGCAGGAGCCCCCCCCUGCCCCCUCUGGUCCCCCCAAAUAAACCAUCAGCCACUGCGUCAGCUCCCAUGAUGCACUGGGUGAGCCCCUGGAGAACCACGGCGGUGGAGGAGGACUUGAGCGAAGACUCUGACGUGGAGGCAGAUUCUUUCAGCGGGGAGUCGGACUCACCGCCCAAAUCACUGCGAGAUGAAAACGACUGGGACACGGGGUCUGAGUCGGACGUGGACAUUUACAUGGGGGAGGAGGACCUCAUUCAGGAGAUGUGGACAAAGAUGGACAGGGACUAUGAGGGGGACUGGGAGGAGGAGGGACGUGAAGAAGAGGAGGAUGAAGAGUGGGAGUCGUCGGUGUCCACAGAUUAUCUCCGAGCUCUCAGAGGCCUUUUCCCUCUGCUGCAGAAAGGUCAGCAGGCGGGCGACAGCCCGUGGGGAUCCGAACCCGAGCUGGAACAUCUCCGGGACGCAGACGUAGCUUUGGGCACCACGUUCCAGACCCCCUCCCCCGAACCUCGAGAUGACCCCCCUUCCUGUUUCAGCAGCUCGGACACUUCGCAGAUGGACGCCUCAGGGAAGGACUCUGAUCAUUCCUCUGACGACCUGAGCUCUGGAGUCUUCUCCUCCUGCAACAGUCACACAGACGGACGCCUGGAGUGGUCGGCCUCGGCCAAGCAGCCGUCGUCCUGCUGCUUUGAAGCAGGUGUUGACAUCUGGAUCGAGAACGUCCAGGGCCAGUGUCUGAGGAUCCGAGAACGACGGCAGGUCAAAGUCGGCCACGUCGCCUUAGGAAUCAGUGAGCAGAUCUCGGGGAAACCCUUCACUCUGGAGACUCUGGACAGGAAGCUGGUGUCAUUCGAAGAGGAAAUCACAGAGUCGUGCGUGUGGCUGCGCUGCGUCUCUGCUCCAGACACGUGUCAUCGCUGGAGCUGGAGGGUCAGAGACGGACGACUGGAGCUGCAGAGCUGAAACACACCUCAUGAUUGUUUACAUGCACAUGUACAGAUGCACACAGUGAUGUUAUUCACAGGUUCGAUGCUGCUGCUUCAGGAGACGUGUCCGAGGAGCGAAAUAUAUUUUACUGCACAGAUGGUUUCCUGUGGAUCAGUUUGUGGACGCACAUAGAAUGUGACUCUGUUUUCUACAGACUCCAAAUAUACUGACACACUACUGGAUGUAGAAGUAGAGAUAUAUAUGAGUGUCAUACCUUUUCCUAAUAAAGCAUCAUCUAUAGAAGGUUUAUUAAUUGUAAUCAAUAUUUU